GAGCCCCGUGGUCUGAAGGUGCUGGAAGCAGAGCCUCUAAGUGUUGCCUGGGACUCCAGAGACCCCAACCUACUGCCACCAUGGUAGGAAAAGGUGCCAAAGGGAUGCUGAAUGGUGCUGUGCCCAGCGAGGCCACCAAGAGGGACCAGAACCUCAAACGGGGCAACUGGGAAAACCAGAUCGAGUUUGUACUGACGAGCGUGGGCUAUGCCGUGGGCCUGGGCAAUGUCUGGCGCUUCCCAUACCUCUGCUAUCGCAACGGGGGAGGUGCCUUCAUGGUCCCCUACUUCGUCAUGCUGGUCUUCUGCGGGGUCCCCCUCUUCUUCAUGGAGCUGUCCUUCGGCCAGUUCGCCAGUCAGGGCUGCCUGGGGGUCUGGAGGAUCAGCCCCAUGUUCAAAGGCGUGGGCUACGGCAUGAUGGUGGUGUCCACCUACAUCGGCAUCUACUACAACGUGGUCAUCUGCAUCGCCUUCUACUACUUCUUCUCGUCUAUGACCCACGUGCUGCCCUGGGCGUACUGCAAUAACCCCUGGAACACGCCUGACUGCGCCGGCGUGCUGGACGCCACCAACCUCACCAAUGGCUCUUGGCCAGCCGCCCCACCCAGCAACCUCUCCUACCUGCUCAACCACACCUUCCGGAGGACCAGCCCAAGCGAGGAGUACUGGAGGCUCUACGUGCUGAAGCUGUCCGACGACAUCGGGAACUUCGGGGAGGUGCGCCUGCCCCUCCUAGGCUGCCUCGGUGUCUCCUGGGUGGUCGUCUUCCUCUGCCUCAUCCGAGGAGUCAAGUCUUCCGGAAAGGUGGUGUACUUCACGGCCACCUUCCCCUACGUGGUGCUGACCAUCCUCUUUGUCCGCGGGGUGACCCUGGAAGGAGCCUUCACCGGCAUCAUGUACUACCUGACCCCGCAGUGGGACAAGAUCCUGGAGGCCAAGGUGUGGGGUGACGCGGCCUCCCAGAUCUUCUACUCGCUAGGCUGUGCCUGGGGGGGGCUCAUCACCAUGGCUUCCUACAACAAGUUCCACAACAACUGUUACCGGGACAGCGUCAUCAUCAGCAUCACCAACUGUGCCACCAGCGUGUACGCUGGCUUUGUCAUCUUCUCCAUUCUGGGCUUCAUGGCCAGUCACCUGGGCGUGGAUGUGUCCCGCGUGGCCGACCACGGCCCCGGCCUGGCCUUCGUGGUGUACCCCGAGGCCCUCACCCUGCUGCCCAUCUCCCCCCUCUGGUCCCUGCUCUUCUUCUUCAUGCUUAUCCUCCUGGGGCUGGGCACUCAGUUCUGCCUCCUGGAGACACUGGUCACGGCCAUCGUGGAUGAGGUGGGGAACGAGUGGAUCCUUCAGAGAAAGAUCUACGUGACCUUGAGCGUAGCAGUGGCUGGCUUCCUGCUGGGCAUCCCCCUCACCAGUCAGGCAGGUAUCUACUGGCUGCUGCUGAUGGACAACUACGCGGCCAGCUUCUCCCUGGUGGUCAUCUCCUGCAUCAUGUGCGUGUCCAUCAUGUACAUCUAUGGGCACCAGAACUACUUCCAGGACAUCCAGAUGAUGCUGGGGUUCCCGCCACCCCUCUUCUUCCAGAUCUGCUGGCGCUUUGUCUCCCCGGCUAUCAUCUUCUUCAUUCUUAUCUUCACGGUGAUCCAGUACCGACCCAUCACUUACAACCACUACCAGUACCCAGGCUGGGCUGUAGCCAUUGGCUUCCUCAUGGCGCUAUCCUCGGUCAUCUGCAUCCCACUCUAUGCCUUGUUCCACCUCUGCCGCACAGACGGGGACACCUUCCUCCAGCGUUUGAAAAAUGCCACCAAGCCAAGCAGAGACUGGGGACCCACCCUCCUGGAGCACCGGACGGGGCGCUAUGCCCCCACCAUGGCCCCCUCUCCUGAAGAUGGGCUUGAGGUUCAACCCUUGCACCCCGACAAGGCCCAGAUCCCCAUCAUGGGUAGCAACGGCUCCAAGCACCUCCAGGACUCCCGGAUAUGAGCACAGCUGCCAGGGGGGAGCACCCCACUCCUACCCCCUGGUCCCACCAGAGACUGGGCGGACGGACUGUGGACAGGUGUCGCCUGCCACACCCUGGCCGGGGCAACUGCUGUUCCACUGCUAGUGCGGCCACUCAUGCUCCUGUCCCCAGUGUUUACAUGUCCUUUGGAUGCCGAGGUGGCAGCGGGGGUGGGGCGGGAGGAGGCCAGGAAGGGGACUGGGGAACCCAAAGCACUUUUGAAGGGGUCUCGGGCCAGGUCCCCAGGAGCCCCUCGUGGCCUCUGAUGGCCCUGAGCGGAGGUUCUGGCGAGCCCCAACCAGCUUCUCCUGGGGCCCAGCCUCCUGACCAGUGUUCCCUACCCCCAGGCAGCCCCCAGCCUCUGCCCGGGCAAGUGGAACGCUUUCUGAAGGGGGUAGGCUCGGGCUGGGGGCCAUGCAGUGUUACUUGUCCGUCUGUGUCGCCUGGGCCUGUUGUCUGUGUACUUAUUUUUGUAAACAUUGUAUUUUAUCUGUGGUUGCCACCCCCCUUGCCCCUUGGCUCCAGGCCCAAUGUCUUCCAGGUCUGUGCCCCUCACUCUGCAGCUCAGGCCGCUGCCCUCCUUCCAGCCAGUGCAGGCCUGGGGCCCAGCAGCUGCUCCAAGCACUGCUCUCUUGGGGGUUCUCCAGAGCCCCGAGCCCUGGGGAGGGGGACCCUGCACGAGCCCCCUUGCCCUCCCUCCACCAGGCUAAAGACCUACUCUUCUCCCAAACUGUGCUGCCAUGUUCACGUGCCAAAUGGCCGCGGCCUGCGUGCCCCCACCCCUCUGUGGAGACAGAGCUCCUCCCCCAGCCCCUGCAGCGUCCUUUUGUCCGUCCUCUAUGCCCCUUUGUGCAGCGACAGUCCUGGCCAAGCCGCCUCUAAUCCUCUGUAGCAAUAACGGUGCGCCGCCCGCCCCUGCCCAUCCGUGCACCACUAGGAUUGCCAAGUCCAUAGAGUUUAAUGAAAUUUCUAUUCCUGUCUCAGA